AUGAAGGCGGUCGUGAUCAAGGGCAAUGACGCCUACGUCGACCGGGACCGUCCCCUGCCCAAACUGCGUGACGACUACAUCCUCGUCAAGACGGUCGCCGUGGCCCUCAACCCCACCGACUGGAAGCACGCCGCCUUUGGCCUUGCCGCCGACGGCUGUCUGUCGGGGUGUGAUUUCUCCGGGGUCGUCGAGGAGGUUGGUCCCGCCGUGACCAAGUCGUACACCAAGGGCGACCGCGUCGCCGGGGUCGCCCACGGUGGCAAUGCGGUGCAGCCGGAGGACGGCGCCUUCGCCGAGUACGUCGUCGCCAAGGGGGACAUCCAACUGAAGAUCCCGGACUCGCUGGGCUUUGAGGCGGCGGCGACCAUGCCGCUGGGCAUCACCACCGUCAUGCAAGGGCUGUAUCAAAAGGCCCUGAAGCUCAAUUGGCCCACCGACCCGAUCAAGGAGAAGACUUGGAUUCUCAUCUACGGAGGCAGCACCGCCACGGGCGCCCUAGGCAUCCAGUUCGCCAAGCUGUCCGGGUACACGGUGAUCACGACCUGCUCGCCCCGCAACUUCGACUACGUCAAGUCCCUGGGCGCCAGCUCCGUCUUCGAUUACAACGACGCGCAGGCGCCGGCCCGGAUCCGCGAGCUGACCGCCAACCAGCUCAAGCUCGCGUGGGACACGAUCAGCGAGAAGCCGAGCGCGCAGUUCUGCGCCGACGCCCUCUCCAGCGACGCGGGUUGCAAAUACGGCUCCAUCCUCCAGGUCGCGCCGCCGCGCGACGACGUCGAGGGCGUGACCACGCUCAUGUACACCAUCUUCGGCGAGCCCUUCCAGUUCGGCCCGCACGAGUUCCCCGCCGUGGGCGAGGACUUUGCCUACGCCAAGAAGUUCAUGGCCAUGGUCGAGGGCCUGCUCGCCGAGGGGAAGCUCCGGGCGCACAAGGACACGGUCGGCCAGGGCGGGCUGGACGGCGUGUUGAAGGGCAUGCAGGACAUGAAGAGCGGGAAGGUCAGCGGGGAGAAGUUGGUGUAUCGCGUCGCGGAGACGCCGUAG